CCGGGGUCCGGCGCUGCCUCAGGCCGCGGAUGCGAUGCUGGCCGCUGCGGCUCGGGCGGCGGGCUCGGCGGCCAUGUGACGGGCGACCCGGCGGCUCUCCCCUCUCCCCGCGCUCCCGGCCUCUCCGUCCUCGGACCGGCCGAGCGCUGGGCGAGCCGAGAGGGUAGCGUGAUCUCCGCACGAUUCUGUCAGAUUUUAAGAACAAAUGCACCUUUUAGCUCAUGGAAGAAAAAACACAAAUCAAGGCAUUUUUGGGUUCCAAGUUGCCGAAGUAUGGAACAAAAUCUGUUAGAAGUACACUGCAACCAUUGCCAAAUGGGACACCUGUGAACUUAUUAGGAACAGCCAAGAGUAGUCCUGUUAAAAGCUACAUCAGAAAUAAUGGCUCUGAUUGUCCCUUGUCCCACUCAUUUAACUGGAGAAAAACAAAUAAGUACCAGCUUAGCACACAAAGUACUGAAGAUCCUAAAAAUCCUACCAACACUCAGAGUUCACAAGACAAAUUAAUCGAGCCUGAAAAGCAUGCUCCUACUCAAGGGGUGUUUGAUACAAAUGGGCUAAAGGGAGGGUUGAGAAGUGUUUCUUUACUUUCGUCAAAGUUAGCAAAGCCACCCACUAUGUUUGUGUCAUCUGCAGAGGAGUUGAACCAAAAGUCUUUGUCCGGACCGUCUAAUUUGGGAAAAUUCACCAGAGGCACGUUACUGGGAAGGACUUCGUAUUCUUCAGCCAGUGCUCCAAAAUCCCAGUUGAAUGGGUUUUAUGGAAACCGAUCAGUUGGUACCAUGCAAAGGCCCAGAGCUAACUCUUGUGCCACCAGAAGCAGUUCUGGAGAAAGCCUAGCCCAGUCCCCAGACAAUAUUAAGUCUCUUACUUGUGAAAAAAUGGUAAGGUCACAAAGUUUUUCACAUUCCAUUCAGAAUUCAUUCCUUCCACCCUCAUCUAUAACCAGAUCACAUUCCUUCAAUCGAGCUGUAGAUCUUACAAAGCCUUAUCGGAACCAACAGCUACCCGCUCGAGUGCCUCUGCGGUCAAGUAUGCUAACCAGAAGUUCCCGGCAAUCACAAAUCCUCAACGGCAAUGAACACUUAGGAUAUGGAUUUAAUAGGUCUUACGCUGCUGCUGGGAAGAAGUUGGCUUUACCAAAUGGCCCAAGUGUCACUUCCACUUUGGGUUAUAGAAUGGUUCAUCCCUCUCUACUGAAACCUGGUCGACUUCCGUUUUCCGGGACUAUCACAGUAGAUGGUAAUAAAAAUCCAACUGCUGACACGUGUAUAGAGGAAGAUACUACAGCGUUGGCCAAGGCUGGGGCUACUGAGAAGGACCAAGAACUAAAUGAAAAUCAAAGUUACAGAACAGACAAUGACCAGACUGUGAAACAUGAUGCGAAAAUCAGAUACCUGAGUGACGACGCGGAUGACAUUUCCUUGUCUUCUUUGUCAUCUUCUGAUAAGAAUGAUUUAAGUGAAGACUUGAGUGAUGAUUUCAUUGACCUAGAAGACUCCAACAGAACUAGAAUAACUCCAGAGGAAAUUUCUCUUAAAGAAGAAAAACAGGAAGAUGUACCACCCAAGGAUAGAUUUGAUCCCUCCAAGGAAAAUGAAAAACCCUUCAGUAAAACUGAUGAGUGGAUUGAUAUAAGUGUCUCUGAUAAGAGUGAAUGUACCAAACACACUUCUGGGAGUAACCUGAUUUCACCAGAUGCUGAUUACAGAGCUGGUUCUUCAUUCGAGCUCUCUCCAUCUGACAGCUCUGACGGCACCUACAUGUGGGAUGAGGAGGGCUUGGAGCCCAUCGGAAACGUCCAUCCCGUUGGCAGCUAUGACUCCUCGGAAAUGAACAGCAUAGAUAUUCUGAAUAACCUUGACUCCUGCGACCUCGAGGAUGAUGAUCUCAUGCUUGAUGUGGACCUACCUGAGGAUGCACCGCUGGAAGAUGUGGAGUGUGACAAUAUGAACCGUUUUGACCGAUCAGACAGAAAUAUCCGGCCGCCUCAGGAAGGGUUUUGGAAGAGGCCGCCCCAGCGGUGGAGUGGGCAGGAACAUUACCACCUCAGCCACACCGAGCACUGUCACCAUGCAAAAAGUGACUUGAGCAGAGGCUCUCCCUACAGAGAAUCUCCUUUGGGUCAUUUUGAAAGCUAUGGAGGGACCCCCUUUUUCCAGGCUCAGAAGAUGUUUGUGGACGUCCCAGAAAAUACAGUGAUACUUGAUGAGAUGACCCUGCGGCACAUGGUUCAGGACUGCACUGCUGUGAAAACCCAGUUACUCAAACUGAAACGUCUGCUGCAUCAGCAUGACGGAAGUGGUUCGUUACAUGACAUUCAACUAUCAUCGCCAUCCAGUCCCGAACCAGAAGAUGGUGAUCACAUAUAUAAGAAUGAAGAUUUAUUAAAUGAAAUAAAACAACUUAAAGAAGAAAUAAAGAAAAAAGAUGAAAAAAUCCAACUAUUAGAACAUCAGCUUGCAACUCGCUGUGAGUGCCAGCAGAAGUCUAAGGAGGAGAAAUGCACAUUUGCUGACAAAUACACCCAAACUCCCUGGAGAAGAAUCCCUCCUCAAGUACUACAGCCUUCCAGCAGCCUUCCCAGACCCACAGACCACGCCCAGGGAAAGCUAACAAAGCCACAGCAUCCCGAGGCCCGCAGUGAAAGUGCAACCCGGGGCUCACAUCCGGGCAGCGCAGCUCUGGAUGACACCUGUUCACACAGCGUACAACAGCAAGAAAGCAACUCCGGUGUGGGAGAGCAGCCUUUUCCGUCAAGCCCGCAGUUGGCAGUGGAUGUGGCUAGGAAGACACCUGAAGCAAACUUGAACGUGAUGGUGAAUGCUCAGGAGCCUCAUCAUUCCGCAAAGAAUCAGAUGAAUGACCGGCAAUUGGCACCUACUUCUCUCCAGGCACUUCCUCAGUCAAGUUCAGUAGACCAGGCUAGGAGAGUGGGGCGAGACCCAUCUCCACCAGUGGGCAACCCUCCACAUCUCAAGUCCUUGCAGCUUUUAAAGCCAUCCGUCUUGAAUUCUUUGGCACCUCCUCCAGAUUCGGAACCAUCUCCAAGUAGGACUCCUCCCCCAUCUCAGAAGCCACCAAUAAUCACACCUUGUAAUUCAGCGAAAGUUCAGCCAACAUCUAGUCAAACAAAUCUCGCAGAUAAUCCCAAAGUGUCUAAGCUCCGACCCCCGUCCUACUCUUUCAAACAGAAACAAGUAAGUAUCCCCCGAAUCGAGCCUCAGAACCUGCAGGCCAAGACCAGCAUCCCAAGGCCACUCGCACGACAGAAAGAAAUCCUGCAGAAUCCAAAUGGCAGCUUGCAUUCCGGGGACUGUUUGGCCACCAAUCGAUAUUCUCGUCUUCCUAAACCAAAGAUACAUUAAAUACAGAGCCAUCAUCUGCCACUUUGUGUUUUGAAGCACAGUCUUCUGUAACAGCUUUACAUAUAGUAUACCACCAUGGUGGAGGUUCCAUUGAAAGCCUGCAGCUCUUAAAAAUUAAAAUGUGGAAGUUUCUACUAGCUUGGCUCUUCCAUUUUAUCGCCUGGUUGAAGUACAUACCAUUUGAGCAUCUUGUCUCAGGUAAACACGAGUUCGCUGCCCUAUCCCAGAGGUCCACCAAAGGCUGUAAUCAUGUUCGCCACCCCCUGCACCUCAGCAAUCACAGUCGCCACUUAGCAGGUGGAGGCGUAUGCUUCGGUGAUGGAGUCCUGUCAAGAUCUGUGUUCCUUGUGCUUGUCGGAACCUCACCCCUCCCCACCUUUCUCCUGUGAAUAUGGCUCCCGUUGGAACUAAAGACAUGGUGAUCAUGGAAGAUGGUCGUGUGUAAACAGAGUUCUGGCCAGUGUUUUAUAUAUUUCAAAGGUCUAUGCAAAAGCUUUGUGAUGAAUAAAGGAGAACGGGCUUUUCAUGGAAGUGUAUGUAAGUUUUAUUCUUUGCCUAUUAGGAUCAUCAAGCUAGUUUUACUGCUUAUUCAUUUAGCUAAUUCCCACAGACUGAAACUGGCUCAUGGUAUAUACAAAGCAAUUCUGUGUUGCUUUAACAUCUUGUUUUUCACACACACAGACGUUCUGCCCCACCUCCACUCCUUUGUGUGUUCACAUUGCCUCUUGGGUGAAAUUUGGAGAGUGAACUACAUCCUGAAAUCUCUACCUACAGAUGUAUCCACUUGUAACAUAUGUUAGUAGCGGAGUUUGACUCGGUUUUGAACUCCUCAUGCUUACGGAUUCAUUGUAGUUUUUUUUUUAAGGUUCCACAGUAUGUAUCAUAAAUUAAAUCUAUUAUAAUAUUUAUAUUUAUUGACUGUGCUAAUAUCUGAAGACUGGAAUAAUGGACUUGAAGUAUUUGCACAAAACUUUGAUGAGAGAUAGGGAUUUAAAAUUUAUUUUCUAUAGCAAAACAAGUUAAAAUAUUUUAAUUAUACAUUUAAAUUAUAAAUCUGAGGAAGCUACAAUUCAUAUGUUCUGGAUUUCUCUAGGUUUCCCAUUUUUGGUUGGUAUAUAUUUGACAAUGUCUUAGGGAAUACAUUGGGAAAGGAAAACAGAAUUGGAGAUAGGAGUUGUGUUUUAUUAAAAGGUGUUUCAAAGGCUAUCUGCUUAUUUAUUCGAGUGUGCUAGAGAGGGGAGCUGUGGAACUGCCAGGCAGCCAUGGGUAUGACCCUGUCUGUGCUUUAGGCCACUUCUCAGGCAGUGCACCUGUCUUCCUGUCCCCGCAAAUCACGCCACGAGGAGGCCACUCCUCUGCAGCUGCUUUCAUCAGAGUGAAUCAUUUGCAGGCAGAUUACCUAACCAGGUCAAGUGCUGUUUUGACCCGUGGACCAAAACAUACCAAAAAGAAUUAAACCAAGGUAGUGAGUCAUUCAGAUGUCUAGGGAUUCUGUCUGUCCCUUGCUAAAUAGAGGAAUGGCAGCCAAGUCCAUUAGUGGGAAUUUCUGGGGGAGUGUCUGCUGCAGUCUUAAUUGGAUACAGUCACUUCCUGCCUGUCAGAGCACCCUUCCUUGUGUGAACGUGCCAUUCAGUAGCCAUUCAGUAGAUAGGAGCCUUUGUUGGGCUUGGGCAACAAUGGGUAGCACCAAACCCGCAUCUCGACCUUGCAGGACAGCACUUCUGCAGGUGAGGCCCUGCAGUGCAGCUGGUCCCUCCAGUGCUGCAGAUCCUGGGAGUCAGACAUGGCAGCACCUGCUCCUUUGUCCAUGGAGGGGGCCGUAACAGCUGCAGCUGAAAGUCAGCAUGGUGGUCUUCCACUUUGGUGGAGAAGGAAAACUGAUGCCAAAGUGCAUGUAGCUAUGAUGCUAUCAUCCUCCAUUUCCCCAAAGUAAAAGCCUAGUGAAUUAGUAGACUUUUGGUUGAUUUCAAAAUUGAUAUAGACUCUUGCAAAAAGUUUCAAUACCGAACUUUGUUGUUAACUCCUCAGGCCAAGGGAAAUGUCUUCUUUGUCUGCUGCAUAAACUCCAGGAGUUGAUUUAUCCUGACAUCUUUCUUGCUCUUUAUUUCCCCUCCCUGAAGAACUUGCAGAAAAGUUAAGCCUAUCAGUUUAACUUUUUCUGUACCUUUGGAAGGAGCCUUAGCAGAGGGUAGGCUCAUGAAUGUAAUUAUGAAGAGUAACAUAUCUAAGAGCAAAACAUCCAGACCACCUGUGCAGCACCAUAGUGUUCUGGACUCAGAACACGACUGGACUCUCCUGUUGGUCCUUAUGUGUAUGUGACACAGUGAUCGUGAAGCUGGAAGCUCUGCUGAUUCAGCACUCAGAACUCCUCUGAUUGGCCCUUAUCGAUCUCUCUCUCUCUCUCUCUCUCUCUCUCUCACACACACACACACACACACACACACCCCUUUAUCUACAGGUCAACUCUGCCCCAACUUCCCCUCCACAGGAACGCACACUGCUCACUGUCUCUGUUCCUGUGAGAUGGGGAAGCUGUUGACAUGCAUGAAUUUUUUUCAGUCCUGAGGGAGAAUUCUGAUGGGGUUGGUUGAGUUUCAUGUCUGUGGGAGAGAAAAUCAAUGUGUGCAGAAGCAUGUACCUGGUGGCUAAUGGGAUGCAUGUCAAAUUGUAUAAAGGAAAAGCUUGGCUGAGGAGUUGAUCAAUGUAGUUGCACAUGAUUUUAAGGCAUUAACAAAGGAUUAUAGAGUUAGGUCAUUCAGAAUGUUUGCAAUGACUGGGACCACCUCGGUUUUUGUUUGUUUCUUUUGGAGUCUUGUUGUUGUGCAAUAUUUUCAGGCAUAUAGACUACUGUCUGUGAUAUUUAUAUGAAUACUAGGGAACGUCCUAAGUAAAAAAUCUGCAAAUGAAGGAAAAAUGCCAGAUCUGCACUUUAAAUGAGCUUAAUUGCUUAGAGUCGUGCCUAAAAUAUCAAAUGCCUCCUACCGGGUGAGGUUUGUUGGAAUUACUUCCUCUCUGCUGGUUGCUGUUGGAAGGGAUCAGCACAUCCUUUCACCAGAUUACAUCCCCAACACGUCCUUUUUUUCCCCCAGGAAGGCACUAUUUCCUUUGAACGUUUCAGAGUCCCCUAUGCAUCCGUCCCGUUUGGCUUGGUGUGUCAGCACAUGGUCCCCCUUAGCAGUCACUUCCAAAUGCACACAGGUACACUCUUGGUUCUUGAGCAGAGCUGGCCUACUGGUGGCUGGUCUCUGAGGCCCUAGGGGCAUACCUGGGACUCAGCCAGCAGGUUUGCCAUGAGGUCCAGCAAGGCUGUGACCCCCUUUCGGUUGGCUCUACAUCUUUACUCUGUUGCUGCUGUUGUCUGAGCUCUUUGGGGUUGUUACAUUUGCAUGCUGUGCACACAUUCCAAAAUAAGUUACAGCUGUGGUACAUACAGCUGGUCUUUCUCUUGGGAUGAUGGCCUUGCUGUUUUUUCUUAAUUCUGAUGCUGAUUAUUUUCUGAUGAUUGUUCCACAUUGCCCUUUAUGUUUCCUGCUCUAAUAAUCCAGAAAGACAUAUUUGGAUAAAUGAUUUUGAUGGUGGGCCGUGGACAACAAUCCACAAGUAUGUCACUAAUUUGCUAUAUUUGAACCUUAUUUGGGAAAAGCUACCCAUGUUCCCCCUGGCCAAGCAAUGCCGUAACACUAACAUCCAAAGGAUUUAACAUCUCUUAGUUGUUGCUAACUAAAAACAAAAGUACUAUUUGCCAGUAUUGUUUAUCCCAUUGAUUUUUAAGAUACAUCUGGAGUACAUUCUGUAUAUUAGAACUCGCCUGUACAAUGAAUUAUAAAAACCAGAUGUAAAGUCUCUUUCCUGAAAAUGUUGGCGUAGUAAAUACAAAUAAAGUUCAUAAUUAUAAAA